GCGACAGACCGUCAAAGUCAUAGCUAUAAGUCUAUGGUCAAAGCAAAAACACAGCUGGUCGGUCUACGUCUGUGAACUUUGACGGUGCCGACGGAAAGUCCAAAUGACGCGGAAGGGUUACACUGUAGUUUGCGCACCGAAAUUUGCAUCGAUAUUGUUCGCCGCGUCUUGUGCAGGAUUUAGAAAUCCCGGCGUUUUUGUGAUUCGUGCCUAAUGCUCACGGCCAGUUUGUGAUACCCGUCCCGUGUCCUCGGUGUGGUGAUAAUCCGUAAUUCCUUCUCUCCUUCGCUUAUUUCUCGAUUUAUCUCUCCCGCUUAUCCCUCAUCGGUUUUUCGCGUCUACUAUUUUGUGCGUUUGUGUUUACCGUCAGAACAGGACAAUCGACAGCUUCUCUCCUCCCGCACAAAGGAACUCUCGAGACAUCUGCGCUGGCCUCUGUGCUUUGAUGAAUGUGACGAUAGAGUGAUGCUGGUCUCGCCGUAGUUGAAAGCACGAAACCAGAACGUCCUCAGAGACGAACCUGCCAUCAAAGAUGGCGUCUACUAGCGGGCACAAAAGAAAUGGAUCCAGUUCCAGCAUGUUCGGUCACAAACGUACCGAAUCCGGCGGUGGCUUUAUUGGCCACAAACGUUCGGAAAGUGGACACAAAAGAAACGAAAGCAUAUCAAGUGCUCUUGGCCAUAAACGGUCAGAAAGCGGUCACAAAAGGUCCGAAUCUGGCAGCAACUAUCACACGGGUCACAGGAGAAACGAAAGCAUGUACGCGAUGACUGGUCUUUACGCUGAAAGCACUGCUGCUGGAGAAGACGCGGAUUUGUCACAACCAAGCAGCAGUAGACUGACACAUGACACAGUCAUCAGGUGUCACAGUAGGAAUCCAAGUUCCGGUAUCGUCGAUCACAGAGAUUUCAUCAUCAAAUGUCACAGCAGGAAUCCCAGUGCUUCCAUGGUCGACAGGACUGAAAAAGAAAGGGCGCAGACACCACCGAUUAAUCCUGAUUCAAAGGACUGUGGAAUUCUAACAUGCAGGCCAAUUUUUAUACAAAGAUUUGCAGGGAUAAAGGUGUUCGUAUUCCUCCUGUCAUUUCUUGUUACACUGCAGCAGGCACUUAGCUCUGGUUACAUUAAUUCUGUAAUAACAACGAUAGAGAAAAGAUUUGAGAUACCGUCAAGCCUCUCAGGUCUGAUCGCCAGUUCAUACGAAAUUGGCAAUGUAAUAACCGUGAUAUUUGUAAGCUAUUUAGGCAGUCGACGGCACAUUCCCGUUUGGAUAGCAAUUGGUGCCGUGAUAAUGGGCAUUGGCUCAAUGAUUUUUAUGGUGCCUCAUUUCACAGCCGAACCUAAUUUAGGUACAGCAUCGAAUAACUCAAGUUCAGAUAACAUAUGCCGCGGUGUAUCGCUACGCGAACAAGACAUGGGCUUAGGCCGACUUUCGACUGGUUUAUCAUCGCCGCCUUUAGCGCCGCACAAUAAUCUUCGCGGCGACAACUGUAUACAAGGAUCUCCUUCUACUGCUGGUCCGGUGAUGCUUUUCGUACUUGCGCAACUGCUUCUUGGUUGUGGCGGUUCACCUUUGUUUACUCUGGGAACAACUUACAUCGACGAUCAUGUCAGGCCGGAGAGUGCCUCUUUGUACAUCGGUUGUAUGUACAGCAUGGCAGCUUUCGGACCUGUUCUUGGAUUUCUUCUCGGUGCUUAUCUAUUGUCUUUUCACAUGGAUUCGUUCGCCGGGACUAUCAUCAGCAUAGAUCCAGGCGAUCAUAGAUGGGUUGGAAUGUGGUGGGGUGGAUUUUUACUCUGCGGUUUGCUGCUGGUAUUAGUGGCAGUGCCGUUUUUCAGUUUUCCAAAAACUUUACAACGUGAGAAAGAGAAAAUUCGAAUAAUUGAAAAGAGCAAGCCAAUAACAGCAAAAGAAAAAGAGCAGAACAAAGAACCCAUUAAGGAACAAACCGCUGACAAUACCGCUUAUGGCAAAGACGUCAAAGACAUUCCACGGAGUAUGUGGAGACUGGUGUGCAAUCCUGUUUACGUGGUUACAUGCCUCGGUGCCUGCAUGGAGCUGGUAAUAGUUUCGGGCUUUGUUGUGUUUCUGCCAAAGUAUUUGGAGACGCAAUUCAGUUUGGGAAAAAGCCAGGCCAGUAUAUUCACUGGCUCAAUCGCGAUCCCCGGUGCUUGUAUCGGCAUAUUCUUUGGUGGCUGUCUACUGAAACGUUUGGAACUGAGGCCUAAGGGUGCUGUGCAAUUUGUCCUUGUCUCAAAUAUAAUCUGUCUUGUUUGUUACGGCCUUUUGUUUUUCCUCGGUUGUGACAACGUCAAAAUGGCCGGCACCACCAUUCCCUACUUUAACAGCACGAACAAAGGACCUGAACCAUUUCAAGUCAAUCUCACUGCCGCCUGCAACUUUGGGUGCGAAUGCCGAAUGACUGACGUUGAACCUGUUUGUGGCAACAAUGGUUUGACUUAUUUCAGCCCCUGCCAUGCGGGCUGCACGGCAUUUAGUUCAAAGUCCAACUUCACCAACUGCGCCUGCAUUCACGGUAAUCUCAGUAUGGUGCCACCAGCUGCGCCGGAAUUCGCAGAAGUUACUGUUGUUCCUGUUGCUACGGCCGGGCCAUGCACCUCGCCUUGUAGAACUAUAUUUCCGUUUCUUAUUCUAUUAUUCUUCAUGACGUUCAUCGUCGCAGUGACACAGAUGCCUUUAUUAAUGAUCGUAUUACGAUCUGUCUCUGAAGAAGAACGUUCUUUCGCUCUUGGGAUGCAAUUCGUAAUCUUCAGAUUGUUCGGCUAUAUACCAGCGCCUAUAUUGUUUGGAAAUUUGAUAGAUUCGACAUGUAUUCUGUGGAAAAGUACUUGCGGUGAAAAAGGGGGCCGUUGUUUGCUCUAUGACAUUGAACAAUUCAGAUACAGAUACGUGGGACUUUGCGCCGGCAUAAAGAUUCUGGCGUUGGCACUAUUUUUGGUCGAUUGGUGGUUAGUGAGAAGGAGACGACACCUCGAAGAACAUCCGCCGCCACUGACAGUCAAUGAAGUUGUCGGAUCGAUAAUCAGCCUAGACAAAUUGUUUGAAGAAAGACCGCAACAUUUGAACACCGGUGAUGGUGACACGACUUCCCCAAGUACCGAGGGGCCAACGCCAUCUUCGAUUUCGUCGCCGACUGAACCAACAAAAUCUACAAAUCUGGAGGAAACGGAAUCAUCGAAUCACACCGAAGCGUCGACUGACAUCAACAACCCUCAAAUUAAAGAUCCCUUUGACAUUCCUGACACGAGGCAAGCUCCGCUUGCCACAGAAGAUUUGGAGGUAGAGAUCAAGCGGCCAGACAGUACCGAAAAACUUCAUCCAAGCGUUUAAUGAGGGCUGGCAUUAGGAUAUUGAAUUUGAAUUUACAAUUCUCACGCAGCGUAAGUUGGUGGAAAUUUUUCUUAUUUCUCUUCAUACGUUAUGCUCUUUGAGAUGAUGAUAACAAGUAACUGUGUGUGUGUGUGUUUCUGUUUCUCUCUUUUUCUGUUUUUUGUUUUUAUUUUUUUUGUUUUUUCUUUUUUAUCGUGUGUAUGACAAAAAUUAUGUGCAAAAAUAUUGAUUCGUGAUUUUUUAGAUUUUUUUUUUUUGCCCAAGCCUCAUGUGUCUUGUUGAAAGCAGUUACAUAAUUAUUGGGGUGGUAUUAAAUUAAAUGGUGUUUAACAAGAUUAAACAUGAAUAGUAGCCAUGUUGAAAAUACGUCGUUCGGUAUUUUUAACCAUCGCCAUUUCCAUUAUCAUCAGGAUUUUAAAAAUCGUGUUUAAGGACCCCAUCGUUAAUUUAUGUAUUGAAAAGAAAGGCGCUUGGCGGAGGGUUGCUGAAUAAUUACCCAUGAAUUAAAGUAGCCCUCCUCUAAAAUAUAAAUGAAUUUAUAUAAAAGAAACAACAAAAAAAGACUUGCACCUAUAUCACUAGAAUAAAAUUUUUCAAACUGACGCAUGGACAAAGUUUAUAAGUUUUACUCCCUUGAACUCUGAAAUAGAGUUGCAAAGAUUGUCCAUUUUCCCUCGCAUGAAGAGAAAAAACGCCUUUUACAAGUAAUUCAAUAAACCUGUAAAAUUUAUAGAAAAUUCUAAAAUUAAAAGAAAACGUGUAAGAGGCUGCCUUCAUAUUAUCGUUUUUUUCAUGAAUAAUGAUUCUUUGCUGUAUUGAAGAUACAAUGAGUUAAAUGUAAAUGAAAAUUGAUAAAAUUGUACAUAUAUAUAUAUAUAUAUAUGUCGAACAUAUAAUAUUAUAUAUUCGAUAUAUGUACAUACAUAAAAAUUCCUGCCUUAAGAAAUAUAAGACUAGAAAAAUGAUUAAAUAAUGAAUUAAGACGUAUAUAUCUGACUCUUAUAGACACACACAUGGUAUAUGCGCUAAUCCGCGUUAUUUUCACCAAUUUUUUUUUCCGCUUCUAAUUUUCAAUUUUUAUGUCAAUGUGCGGCAGCUGGUCAAAAUCACAUGGAAUACCACAUAUACGAUAUACAUAUGUAUACACAAGUAUAUACACAAGGCAUUUUUUUACGAGCGUUUUGUACAGGAGUUGAAAAAUGCACCAAGGUUAUACAGUUUGUGUUUUAGUAUAUCCUUUGUGGUACCUGCACCAAACUCUCGUAAAAAAAGAAAGAAAACAGAAAGAAAGGUCUAUAUAUAAUAUAAAAC